AUGGCAGUCGUUUCGCGACUCAGCUCUUCGGCUCUCCGAGCCACCGUCAGGGCGCCCACCGUCAACGCCAGGCUUGCCGCCUUCCAGGCUGCCAGGUGCUACUCCUCCAAGUCCCAGACCCUCAAGGAGCGCUUCGGCGAGCUCCUCCCCGAGAAGAUCGAGGAGAUCAAGACCCUCCGCAAGGAGCAUGGCUCGAAGGUCGUAGAUAAGGUCACUCUUGACCAGGUAUACGGUGGUGCCCGUGGCAUCAAGUGCUUGGUCUGGGAGGGUUCCGUCCUCGACUCCGAGGAGGGUAUCCGCUUCCGCGGCAAGACCAUCCCCGAGUGCCAGGAGCUCCUCCCCAAGGCUCCCGGUGGCAAGGAGCCCCUUCCUGAAGGUCUCUUCUGGCUCCUCCUCACCGGCGAGGUCCCCACCGAGCAGCAGGUUCGCGACCUCUCUGCCGACUGGGCCGCUCGCUCCGAUGUCCCCAAGUUCGUUGAGGACUUGAUUGACAACUGCCCCAACGACCUCCACCCCAUGGCCCAGUUCUCUCUUGCCGUCACCGCGCUUGAGCAGACCUCUCAGUUCGCCAAGGCCUACGCCAGGGGCAUCAACAAGAAGGAGUACUGGCAGUACACCUUUGAGGACUCCAUGGACUUGAUUGCCAAGCUCCCCACCAUCGCCGCCCGCAUCUACCAGAAUGUCUUCCGCGGUGGCAAGGUCGCCGCCGUCCAGAAGGACAAGGAUUACUCGUUCAACUUCGCCAACCAGCUCGGCUUCGGCGAGAACGCCGACUUCAUCGAGCUCCUCCGUCUCUACCUCACCAUCCACACCGACCACGAGGGUGGCAACGUCAGCGCCCACACCACUCACUUGGUCGGCUCUGCCCUUAGCUCCCCCUUCCUCUCUCUUGCCGCCGGUCUCAACGGUCUUGCCGGUCCCCUGCACGGCCUCGCCAACCAGGAGGUCCUCAACUGGCUCACCGAGAUGAAGAGCGCCGUUGGCGAUGACCUUAGCGACAAGGCCAUCACCGACUACCUCUGGUCUACCCUCAACGCCGGCCGCGUUGUUCCCGACCAAGAACCCUACCCCAACGUCGAUGCCCACUCCGGUGUCCUCCUCCAGCACUACGGUCUUACCGAGGCCAACUACUACACCGUUCUCUUCGGUGUUUCCAGGGCUAUCGGUGUCCUUCCCCAGCUCAUCAUUGACCGCGCCGUCGGUGCCCCCAUUGAGCGACCCAAGUCUUUCUCCACCGAGAAGUGGGUUGAGAUUGCCAAGAAGCUCUAA